AUGGAUAUUCAGCAUGCCUCCCCAGCCUCCCGAUCCAGGUCGCCGCCCGCCAAGCGGCAAUUCACGGGCCAGUCCCCGCGCGCCGAUGCCCAGGCCCCGUCGCCCAUCUGCCCCCCGCACCCCGGCUACAUGGGCGGCCUGUGCAUCCGCUGCGGCGGGCUACGCCCCGAGGGCGAGGAGGGGGCGGGCGUGGCGCUGCGCUACAUCCAUGCCGGCCUGGAGGUCAGCCAGCGCGAGGCGGCGCGCCUGCGCCGUGGCGCGGCCGAGCACGCAGCCGCGCAGCGCAAACUCACCCUGGUCCUGGACCUGGACCACACGCUGCUCAACUCCACGCGCUUCAUCGACCUCACCGAGGGCGUGCUGCGCUGCGUAUGCGCCGGGCUGCGCCUGGUCUUGGAUGGCCGCGCCACCACGACCUGGACCCGGCUGCGCCCCGGCGUGCGCGCUUUCCUGGAGCAGGCACACACCAUCUGCGAGCUGCACAUCUACACCAUGGGCGACCGCGCGUACGCGCGGGCCAUGGCGGCCGUGCUUGACCCGGAGGGACGGCUGUUCUCCGGCCGCAUCAUCUCCGCCCCAGACAGCACGCAGCGCAUGGUCAAGGACCUGGACGUCGUGCUGGGCUCCCCCGAGCACGUCCUGAUCCUGGACGACACCGAGGCGGUCUGGCCGCGCCACGGCGGCAACCUGCUGCCCAUCGCCCGCUACAUCUACUUCCGCGCCUGCGCCGAGCGCUUCGGCAUGCCGCGCACUUCCUGGAUGGAGAGAGGAGGGGAUGAGGACCCUGAAGCGGGUCCGUUCCCGGCCCUGCUGCGCACGCUUCGAUCCAUCCAUGCCACAUUCUUUGACGAUCUGGCUGCUGGGAGGAGCGCAGACGUGCGCCCACUUGUGGCCGCCCGCCGGCGCGGGGUGCUCGCAGGCGUGGGCCUCCUGCUCAGCCGCAUCGUCCCCUUGACCAGCCCCGCCCCGGAUGCGCACCCCCUGUGGCGCCUGGCGACGGCCUGCGGCGCGACCUGCACGCUGAGCCCCGGGCCACAGGUGACCCAUGUGAUGGCCCCGGACUGGACACAGAAGGCGGUGUGGGGCCGGGACAGGGGGCUGCAGGUGGUCACCCCGCAGUGGCUCGCCGAGUCAGCGGGGCUGUGGGUGCGCGCCGACGAGUCACGGUUCCAGAUCCCCAUGCCCGGGGCAGGGGCCGGCGGGGUGGUGGCCCCGGUGCCCGCCCCCCGUAGCGCCGAGGAGGAGCUGGCCGUCGUGGCCGCGGCGGCCGGCGGCGGCCAGACCCCGGACCGGUCCUGA